CACACGCCCUUCUCACCUCGGGAGGGCCGUAUAAAUAAAGCCGGCGCAGAUGUGGGAGCUGAAAGGUUGUCAUCAAAAGGCAUCUUCCGCCUUCAUUGAUUUGGUAAGACAAAAAAGAUGAGCACCGAAACAAAGCAGCCAUUCUCCCAUCAAGCUUCAGGGGAGCCCGGCUGGUUGCUGUCCGCCUCCUGGCCGGGCUGCACGGCGCCUUCCUUGGUGCCCGAGCGCGGUGACGGCAAGGAGGAGCGGGUGUGGUGGAGGGUGGGCCUGGACGUGGCGGCGUUCGCCCCCGCCGAGGUGUCGGUGGGCGCCAAAGAUGGCUUCCUGCAGGUGGAAGGGAGACAUGACGAGAGGGCCGACCAGCAUGGAUUUAUCUCCAGAUGUUUCACAAGAAGAUACAGGCUCCCAGCUGGGAUGGAUGUCACCAAAAUGGUGUCCUCGCUAUCCAUGGACGGAAUCUUGACGGUGGAAGGUCCCAUUCCUGAUUCAUCCACUGCCGCUCCCACUGGGCUCGUCAUACCAAUAAAGGUGGAGGCUGAUGUUCCAGAAGAAGAAACCCUGGAGACAAAUCCAGGACCCCUUCAGAAGGAGGAGGACGGGGAGCCCACACUUGGCGCAGAGAAUGUUCUGGAUGAUGUCCAGAGCCAACAAAGUGCAGACGCGUCCAAGCAGCUGGACGCUGAUGAAGGAGAAGCGGUUAAGGAUGAAGACAUCCGAGGCGACUCGGGGGAGGCUGCUAGUGCUGCUCCUGAUGAUGAUGAUGAUGAUGAUGAUGACACGCCCCAGCCGCAGGAGCAGCAGCAGCUGGGCACGGAGCCAUCAGACCAGGCCCUGGGCCAGGAGCUCCAACAUGGCGAGUAA